UCAUGCCGAAACUCACCCUCGCAAAAGUACAAAAUCAACAUGCUGCCAGAGCACGAUUUCAGCCAAAGUUUUCAUGAUAUGUACCGAGUUUAUUCGGAAAAUUUAAAGAAAAGGCGAGACCUUAAGAAGGAGCGGAAAAAAUGUACUAAAAUCAAACAGAAGUCAAAGUUUGAGCUCUCGUGCGACAAUGAUUUCCAUUCUCCGCCAGAAAUCGAAUUGCCAAACAAUCCAUCAGCUUUUGCCGUGUAUGCUUCGGUACGUUUGGCGGUACUCGACCGAUGGAUGCGGCAAGCAAAUCAAGAAUAUCUUCAGAGCAGCUGUGUGGCCACUUUACACGAUCGCAAUAACGAAAUGGACAGCGAUACAGAAGAUAAUUCUCAAACAAGUUCCACUUAUGUACCGGUUAAAGUUUCCAAAAUAGUCGGUUUUGGACUAAGAUCAGUUUUUGAACUUAUAAAAGAAAGCAGAUCCUCGCAUCCUUCUCUUUGUUCAAAAGCUCUUUCGGCACUUUUAGAUGUUCUGCAAGGACAAUGUCCUGAAGGGUUGAAAUCCGAGCCAGUCGAGGUAAUUGAUCCUCUUUUCGAACUUCUACUUGAUUUAGCUACAUUACACGGACCAGAGAGUUCUGUAGCAAAUGACGGAACUCAUCUGACAGCAAUAGCAUGUUCCUGUUUAUUGUCUUUAGUCGUGGUAAGAGGAAACACUGGAAAAUUCUUAUCUGCCACAGCAGCACUCUUGAUGUGUCCAAGAGCACUUGCACUUCAAAAUGUAAAAAUGCCAGCUGUUUUAACAUCUUUACAACGAAGUAUCCAAAGUGUGUUAUUGGGAAAGGUUGCAAGACCUGAUUGGUUAACUUGUGGUGUUCCCAACAAUUCAAAAAUUGAUAGUUUUAUUGCAGCAAUCCCCUCUGAAGUUCAUAGUUCGCCCCUCGCCUUAAAAUCUCUUGCCAGUGAUGGACAGUACCUGUAUUUAUUUACCAACAAAGGACUGUUCAAAAUUGGUUCGGGCUAUGGAGGAACUAUAAAGGGACACGUUUAUUUUUAUAAACCGGAUUUUUAUCCAAACGAUAAAGGAACACUUGUAUUUUGUGGGGAAAAUCUAUAUCUAAAGUUAAUUGGAAGAAGAGGUGGAGAAUUCCUAACAGUAGAAAGACAAGGUUUACUCAUUUGUGGCUCACUCCCUUUACACAGCCGAGACUCCGUUAGUUCCGUUAUUUUUUCUGACGGAGAAUAUUUAGGUACCAUUUCUCCUACCAAAGACGAUGGUUUUGUGGUAAGAACACUGAAUCCGAAUUCCAUACCAGCAUCCCUAGUGAACGAACUUCCCUUAAAAUUAGCCCAUAGAUGUGUGGAAAUUCUUGGAACUGCUCCAUUUGAAGAAGAUGGCGCUUCUCAAGUAGUUAACACUGGAACUGAUGAUGAAAUUGCGUCUAUCUGCGCAGGAAAAGAAUUUGGAUUGAUUAGGACUUCGUCAGGAAAAGUUUUGUACUGCGGUAAAGCUUCUUCGCUUGGUAUUAAACAAACUCGUAUAAGAAAUGGGAAAUGGUCUGAAUUAGUUCUGACAAAGGCACCCAAAGUGACACACGUUGCUGUGGGUCACGAUGGUUUGCAUGCUAUUCUGUUGACUGAAGAUGGAUCCGUGUUUUUUGCAGGGACUGCCAGGCGAGGUGAAGAUGGAGACCAAAACAAAAUUCGACGCCAACCAAAACCAACGAAACCAAAGAAAAUGAUAAAAGUCGACGGACAUUUUGUAGUAUACGCAGCUUGUAACAGCGGCUCGACAGCUCUUGUAACAAGAGAUGGAGAACUUCUAAUGUUUGGAAAAGACAACUCUCACACAGAUCAUUCUACAGGCUUAGUUUGUAACUUGAAAGGAGAAUUUAUAGUACAAGUUGCUUUAGGAAAAGCUCACGCGGUUGUCCUUACCAGCAAAGGACAGGUUUACACUUUUGGAAUUAAUAACAAGUAUCAAUGUGGAAGGGAUUUUGUGGCAAGUGCUCGAGAAGGUAAUGCUUCCAAUAUCACUGCGAUGGAGACUGGUGGAACUAGUCACGAUGAGCAGGAAGUGUAUGAGGACUUGGAGGAAGUUGUUAAUCAGGAGGAUGUAGAAAAUAGGCCCAGCAGUUCGGAUAGUAAUAACGCAGAGUGUUCAAGUAGAGACCACAUGUGUCCUCCGGGAGUUCAUCAAUGGAAGCACGACAUGUGCAUGGUGUGCACAGUCUGUAGAGAAUGUACUGGCUAUUCAAUAAGCUGCUUAUCAUCGAUGAGACCUGACAGGAAACCUGGACAAGAAUGCGGGUGUGGGGAAGGAGAUAGUGGAUGUGCCGUUUGUGGUUGUUGUCGUAUAUGCGCCCAUGAAAAUAUCGAUAAUUCUGAAUUGGCAAUCCUUGGACCAAGUGGUGCAGCAGAUUUAUCAGGAAUGAUGAGACUCGACGUUAUUUUUCGAGAUAAAGUUAAGGAACUUCUACCUAGUCGACAAAAAGUCAAAAUGCAAGAUCCGAUAUAUCAGUUGCAGACUAGAACGGAUGAUAGAAAAAGUAGAGGUAGAAAAUCAAUUGCAGGACCAAGUCGUCAGAUUAUGCCGAAGUUGAAAUCAAUAAGAUCGUCCCCUGUUCUUAUGCCUAUUCCAAGUACACCAGUACAUCGAGCAAAUCCCACUGCAGCUGCCACAAGGCAAAAUAGUUUAACUGGUAAAGAUCAAACAGGAUCCGACAUUGAAAGGGACACAAACCGUAUAACAUCCCUUCCUCCAGCAAAAAUUCAGUUACCAUGUAACAGUCCCAUUAUUCAGAUAGCUUGCGGUUUGCAUCAUAGCGUUCUCUUGUUACAAAAUGGACAGGUUUAUAGCUUUGGAUCAAAUCAGUUUGGUCAGUUGGGAUGUGGAGAUAUCCUUACAAAAUCUAAUAUACAAUUAGUCAGGCUUCCGUGCAGUGCAGUCCAAAUUGCAGCAGGGAGCAACCACACUGUUGUUCUAACAGCAAAAGGGGAAGUUUACACUUUCGGCAAUUAUCAGAAGGGUCAACUAGGCAGAUUUCCACCACCCACUUCUCCCCAAGAUGUUAAUCAACCUGGUCAAAGCCACGCUUCCAGAUAUCGUGAUCUCAAAUGUCCAUGGUAUGCAAUACCAACACCUAUACCCAACAUAGGUUCCAGAUACGGUCGAAGAGCGACAUGGAUUGGCGCUUCAGGAGAUCAAACAUUUUUAAAAAUUGACGAGAGUCUCAUCAAUUCCGUCAGUUUAGCCAAAUCAACAGUUACGGCCAACAAAAGUUGCAUAGUUCUUCUCCCUAAUCAGCAUGAAAACGGCACAAACUUCAAAUGCCUUUUGAUCAAU